AUGACGGAAACAGUAGAAGAAACCUCGAGACGAGACGACCUGAAGAGUCGCAAGAGAGGCGAUGACGAUGAUAGGAAAUCACGCAAGAGUAGACGAGAUGACGACGACGACAGACGCAGUCGAAAGCGACGCAAACGCAGUCGACGAGACCACAGCAGCGAGUCCGAUGACAGCGAAGACAGCCGAAGACGGCGUCGGAGACGAAAGAAGUCAAGUCGACGAAAGUCCAAAAAGAGCCGCAAAUCGAGUCGCAAAAAAUAUCAGUCUUCUUCUUCUUCGUCCUCCUCGGAUGACGACUCUUCGUCUUCGUCAGACGAUAGCGGCAGUCAAGGGGAAACGAAAAAGGUGAUCAAUGAAAAGCUCUUGGCCAAAUUGAGUGAACGGGGGGAGACUCUGGAAGAGCGCAAAGAGCGCCGAGCCCAAAAACGUGCCGCCAAGAUUGCAUCUCGAUUUGGGUACACUGCCGAAGAGAAUCCCUUUAACGACCCGAACUUGCACGAGACCUUUAACUGGACCAAGAAAAAGAAGGCUCCCACAAGUGAAAAAGAAACUGCAAAAACGCUGGAUGAAAUUGACAACAUUCGUCGUCGGCGCAAACAACGAGAUGAGGAAAAAGACGAAAUGGACCGGACUCGUGCAGAAGAGUCACGUCAAAAGGAGUUGGAAAACUAUGAUGAAUGGGCCAAAAAGGAAGAAAAGUUUCAUUUGGAUCAACAGCGAAAGCGAUCAGCGAUUCGUUUGAUGGAAGGACGGGAGAAGCCAGUGGAUGUCUUGGCCAAGAAUUUGCUAAUGUUUGGACUCUCAGAGGAAGAAAAGAAUCAACAAGCGGCAGUGAAAUACAAAGAGCGAUACAACGCGUUGGAACAAAUAGAAAAGUUGGAAGCCGAAUUGGAAGAGCCCCACAAGGUUGUGGGAGUUCUCAAAUUAGUAGAAUUGCACGAGCUAAAAAUGGAAAUUGAAGCCUUUCGAAUUCUGGAAAAGGAGGCGGCAGAUGGAAAGAGCACAGCAUCCAUUCUUCUCUACUGGGAUGCUCUCCACCUAGUCACACUAGAUGAAAUCAAACUACUACAAAAUGGCGGUGAAAAGAGUCAAUAUGGUCGAAAAAUUGAAGGGAUCAAGGAAAUUUUUGCAGGGCAGUCGAGGUCUGCUUUGAUGAAGAUGCAAGACGAGAUUAUGUCCAAACUCUCGUCACCUACUUGCGAUGACCGCCCAUAUUGGCAGGCGGUUCGAGAGCAACUCAUGGUCCAUUUGGCCAAGUUGGAUCUUACGGAAAUGCACAAGAAAAUGUUGGUACGUCAACUUGAGAGGUUGGAACAACGAAAGAAAGAAGCGGCCGAACGAGGAGCGGAGAAGAAAGAAGGCGAAGAGAACGAUGAAAACGACAAAUCCAUGGUACCAGAAAAUGUCGAUGCCGAAUUUGGAAAUGCUGAAGAAGAGCUUGGUGAAACUGACGAGAUCGACAUUACCAAGAAGAAAACAUACUCUUGGCAAGAUCGUUAUGCCCCACGCAAACCAAGAUACUUCAACAGAGUCAAGACAGGGUACGACUGGAACAAGUAUAAUCAAACGCAUUACGACGCGGAAACUCCGCCCCCCAAGAUUGUGCAAGGAUAUUCAUUCAACAUCUUCUACCCUGAUUUGGUGGAUCCUACCAAGACUCCCCAGUACUUUUUGGAACCUGCGGAUUCGGAUGAUUUCUGCAUCCUUCGUUUCCAUGGUGGAGCUCCGUACGAGGACAUUGCCUUUAAGAUUAUCAAUCGAGAGUGGAAUAGGUCAAGGAAGCGUGGGUUCAGGUGCACCUUUGAGCGUGGCAUCUUGUCUCUGUACUUCAACUUUGCAACACAUUGGUACAGACGAUAG